CAAUCCACCAUAUAUACCCUAUUUCAUUUUUCACUGUCUGUGGCUUUGGCAGUGGCUCAUUUUCUUCCACCAAGUGUGUCUUGUCCUCUUCUUCCUCUUCUUGAUAGCUUGUGAACCGCAAAAACUCUCACGAUGUCUGAGAAAAAGAUGACCUCCAGCCGCAGGCAUCACCUGAAGAGCGUGAUCCUCCAGAUCGCUCUGACCUGGAUCGAGCAGGAGAAAAAGGAGAAAAUAUUGGAGAAGGAGAACUACAUGGCCGAACACUGCAUCUCCCCAGACACGGCUGGAGACCAGAACACUCUCAUGGAAAUGUGCAAGAAACUCAAUGCCCUCAUUGACCAGAUCGAUGAGGAGAGGUAUGACGCCGAGGCCAAGGUGCUGAAGGCCGACAAGGAGAUUGAAGACCUGAGGAUCAAAGUGGUGGACCUGAGGGGUGUGAAGAAACCCGCGCUGAAGAAGGUCCGUAUGUCUGCUGACUCCAUGCUGCAGGCUCUGCUGGGCUCCAAACACAAGGUGACCAUGGACCUGAGGGCCAACCUGAAGCAGGUCAAGAAGGAGGUCAAAGAGGAGCCUGCAGAAGCAGCGGGUGACUGGCGUAAGAACAUUGAGGAUAAGGCUGACAGGAAGAAGAUGUUCGAGACCUCCUAAAUGCAACGCUGCUGUUUGUCUUUUCAUUUAUUUGAACUCCACCUACCUUAUAUCAGUUGGUUGUUGAUGAAUGGUUUCAGUCAAAUCAUGCGGCAGGUAGAACGGCAGGUUGGCAUGUCGGAGCGGACUCACCUGUGAGGUGUCUGAAGGUUUUGUUUUUGUGUUUUUUUUUGCACUUUGUUUUGUCUGGAGGGAAGGGGGGGAGUGAGUGUUUCUGCAGGUUCACAAACCAACACACAGCAACAAGUCUUAAACUCCACACAUUCGGGGGAAACAUCCAUACAAACCGAACCAUGUUGAAUAAACACAAUAAAGUCAAAUGUGGAAGAAAAUCA